UUAAGCCCACCCCACAUCCUCCACAUCAUCGCGAGAUCUUGUGUUGCUAGGAAACUGGAUUGUUGUUGGAUUAGCAUCGCAUGAAGCUAUAUACUAUUUUAUUUGACUUAAGCUGAAUGUAAAAACAACACAUCUACGAACAAUGCCGCCGAAAAGAAAAGCGUCCACCAAGUCCUCAAAGGGAAAAACUCCAACAGUAGUGGAUGGUGUGUCCACAGAGGAGAUGUCCAAAGAGCAGUUGGAGGAGCACAUUGUCCGCCUUCGAGAGGAGCUCGACAGAGAACGAGAGGAACGCAACUACUUUCAGCUGGAGAGAGACAAGAUCCACACAUUUUGGGAAAUCACCAAAAGACAUUUGGAAGAGAAGAAAAGUGAGCUGAGGAACAGAGAGCGUGAGAUGGAGGUGGCCGAAGAGCAGCACCAAGUGGAAAUUAAGGUGUAUAAGCAGAAGGUGAAGCACCUACUCUAUGAACAACAGAACAGCUUGUCAGAGCUGAAAGCUGAAGGUGUUGUCAGCACUAAACUGCUCCAGAAAGAGCACGCUGACCUCGAAAAACAACUGCACAAGGAUCUCUGCAACCUAAAAAUGGAUUUGAAAAAGCAGGAGAUGUCCAGUGAAAAUGUGCUCAAGCGCCUUCAGCUGAAACAUGAUGAAGAAAUUACUAAUCUGAGAAAUGAUUUUGCCAGACAAGUACGAGAAAUUGGAUCUAAAUAUGAGAAAAAAAUGCAGAAACUCCGCCAGGAAGAAGAACUGAGACGCAAGACAGAGAUUCAUGAGAUCGAGGAACGAAAGAACAGCCACAUCAGCACACUUAUGAAGAACCACGAGAAAGCUUUCAGAGAAAUCAAAAACUACUUCAACGACGUUAUGCACAAGGAUCUGAAUCUCAUCACUUUGCUUAAGGAGGAGUUGAAGGAGAUGAAAAAGAAGGAGGAGAGGAGAACUAAAGAGAUGGGAGAAGUGCUUCAGAAAAAUAAAGAGCUGAUCGAGGCUCCACAGAGAGCCAAAGAAGAAGUUGCAGAGCUUCAGAAACAGCUUGUCAACUAUGAAAAGGACAAGAGUGCUCUGGCUAGAGCUCGAGCUCGCCUCAAAGUGUCUGACAAAGAACUGAGGGACCUGAAAUGGGAACAUGAGGUGUUGGAGCAAAGAUUUACCACGGUUCAGCUGGAGCGGGAUGAGCUGUACAUGAAGUUCACUAAAGCCAUUCUGGAAGUUCAGCAGAAGAGUGGUUUCAAAAAUCUGCUGCUGGAGCGCAAACUGACUGCACUCAAUGACACACUGGAGAAGAAAGAAGCUCAGCUCAGUGAAGUGUUAGCUGCUUCCAACCUGGACCCAACUGCCCUGAGUGUGGUCACACGUAAGCUGGAGGAAGUCUUGGACUCCAAAAACCAUACUAUCAGAGACUUACAAUACGAAGUGGCUCGAGUUUGCAAGACUUAUAAUGACCUGCUGAGGACUUCUGAUGCAAAGCUGCGGGCAUUUGGACUCCCUGUGGAAGAACUCGGCUUUAAGCCACUUGAAAGUAGCAUCUCCCGACAGACUCUGGGGCAGGGCCCUGCGGACCUCUUUUCUGCCUCAAAUUAGUCAAGAAGAGGAAAAGAAACAUUUAUACUUGUUUUAAAUUAAAUGAAAAGAUGACAUUUCUUAUCAUAGUAGAGCAAAUAUUAUUUAUAAUUUUGCAAUUGAUUGAGUAAAUUUUAAGAAAUUACUUUUAAAAUUGCCUUUGAAAA